CAGGUUUAAAAUCCGGUUUUAUUACGGUUUCCGAACGUGUCGUAUUCUAUAAUCCUACUAAAUUUGAAACCAGUUAUGAGUUUGGACAUAUAGAGAGAACCAUAUGUUUCUACAUGAGUGCGAGCGGGAUGCAGGACGAGAAAUUUUUUGAACACGUACAUUUAAUUUUGCCGUUUGGUUCUAAUGUGAUUUCGCCCGAGCAACCCAUAAAACGACGCUUUUAUGUGAAAAAUCCCGUAAUUAUUGAUAAUGCAGCGUUAAUUUCGCCUCAAACGCGAUAAAAUCGAAAACCAGCGAUGCUUUUUGUGAUACCAAAGUCAGACAUAGUUCGUGUUAAGUUUGAAAAGUAGUGUUCCGUGUGCAUAGUUCCGUGAAGCGCUGGGCAUUUUAAUUGCCCUUCGUGAUUUGAUUAGUGCAGGAAGAAUGUGGUUGAGAUUGCAGAGGGUCGCCGAUGGGUGAGUCCCACGAUGGAGACAGAAUCCGUGCGCUCUGAGCUGAGCAGUCGGUCGCGGCGCAGCUCCAGGCAUCGGCAGCACACGCACAGGAGUACCCGAAGUUCAAAAUCACAGAGAAAAGACGGCAGUGACAUAAUGGCUCCCUUCCAAACCAGUGUUAACAUCAACCCUGAGACCGGCCGUGAUGGCCAGGAAGUUAUUGAAGUCCAGAUUCUUCCGCAAGAUGAAAACUGGGGCGAAAACACUACUGCCGUUACAGGAAACACAUCAGAAGGCUCUCAAUCAAUGGAGGAUGUCAGUAACUGGCCUAUGGAGUCCGACAGCGGGAUUGGAUUCAUGUGCUCCAGAUAUUUCGGGACCACAGUAGCUCUAGGGCUUUCUUUUGUGUCCUUUGUGAGCCCAUUGGCUAUGGUUGUGUUACCGAAGAUAGGAUUCUUUCCUGGACUGACUGAUAACAUAGCAAUACAGCCAAGCCAAAGAAUGCAGCUUUUGUCCUGUACUGCAGAAUGCAAGGGGAUCCUACUAUCUUUAGCAUUUAAAUUAGUUUUACUUGCCAUUGGAGUGUGGGCAGUGUUCCUACGCCCUCGCAACGCUAUCCUCCCAAGGAUAUUUGUCUUUAGGGCUACUACUUUAGUGAUUCUAGCAGUUUGCACAUUUUCAUAUUGGCUUUUCUACAUUGUGCAAAUCACUGAGGCUACCAAAGCAUUAGCUUUAGGUGAAGAUGCUGUAGACUACAGCGCUUUAGUGUCGUAUGUGUCAAGCUUUGCCGACACGCUGCUGUUCAUACACUACAUAGCCGUAAUACUUAUGGAGAUUCGGCAUCUCGAGCCUGUGUAUUACAUAAAGAUAGUGCGGAGCCCGGACGGCGAGAGCAAGUCAUACUGCAUAGGGCAGCUCAGCAUACAGCGGGCUGCAGUGUGGGUGCUGCAAAAGUAUUAUACGGAGUUUCCAAUAUACAAUCCAUAUUUGGAGAAGAUUCCCAUUUCAAAGUCACAAAGGAAACAAUCCAGCAUAAAGUUCUACGAGGUAGAUGGCAACUCAACCACACAGGCGCCACGCUCCACCACCGGCUCCUGCACUGGCAGCAGACGUCGCGACUCCGGCUCCGCACACAACGAGCGAUACUAUGAGGAGGCGGAGCGCGAACGCCGCGUCCGCAAGCGUCGCGCUCGGCUUCUCAGCGCGGCCGAGGACGCCUUCGCGCACGUGCGCCGCGUGCGCGUCGCCGCCGCCAACGGAGCCCUGGGGCCGAGGGAGGCUGCUCAGGCUGUCUUCCCAUCACUAGCGCGCGCGCUGCAGAAGUACCUGCGCGCGACGCGGCAGCAGCCGCGGCACUCGGCGGAGUCCGUGCUGGCGCACCUGGGGCGCUGCCUGGCGCGCGACGCCUCCCCGCGCGCCUUCCUCGAGCCCUUCCUCGUGGAGGCGCCCGUGCUCGCCGCCGAGCGAGACGCGCGCCCCGUGCAGCGCUGGGCGCUCGUCUCCGACGACCUGCUGGCCCGCCCGCUGCGGGACAACCACGAGUUCCAGCUCAGGCAAGGCGACAUCUCUCUAAUCUGCUCCAUCCGGCAACUCCCAAAGUUCCACAUCUCGGAAGAGGUUGUGGACCCGAAGAGCAACCGCUUUGUGCUGCGACUCAACUCCGAGACCUCCGUCUGACAGGACCUGUGGCCGGACCGCCUGGUAUGACACGAGGAAUUCAUUUAAACUUGAUACAGGUACCUUCGCAAGGCAAGGGUUCAAUGCCUAAACAAGUUUUAAAAUAUUUGACCCAAAGACCAACCUAUUUGUACUUCGGUCAAACUUGAAAACCCUCUGGCAAAUGAAAUCUAAUAUGCUGAUGAAAACUUCAAUUAGGAAUACUUUUGCUUUUCCCUCACGUUUAAGCAAAUGAUAAUAAUUUUAGCUGUCUGGGCGCGGCUAUAGAACUUUUCACUGAAACAUGAGGCACCUUUUAGUUUCUUUGAGUAUUGAUAGUAUAAAUGUUGUGCUAUGUUUAUAUGACAGAUUAUCAUUCGCUCACUAAUGAGUAUAUGGGUGAAAUGUCAAAAUACCGCAAGCAAAAUGCUUCAUUGCUUUAUAUCGAAUAACUUAGAAACAAACAUUUGAAUUUUUAUAUAAAAAUAAUCUAAAAUUGACCUCAUAAGAGUGAUUAUUAAUUAUGAUAUGAUACUUAAUUGCUUGGAAUAAAGUCUGAUUUUAAACGCUGCAUAUUUUAGCCGCCAUUUGUAACUGAAUGCAUUUAAAUGUAAACUUAAAUUAAUUUCGUUAUUAAUAUGUACAUUUUUGUGUCAUAUUUUAGUAUAAACUAGUAUUAAGGUUAUGCACAAAUUUUACUUUAGCAUAAGUAGGAUAGAUUUGAUUCCAGUGAUGGUUUGCCUUUUAUUUGAUAUUUAGUAAGAAUAUUAGGAAAUGAAUAAUUAGGACACUUUUAAUCUAGGUGGAAUAUAAAAACUAAGAUAAUACCGAAUCUCACAAAAAAAAAACAUAAACCAAUACACAUAAGAAUCUCACGUACAAUCUUUGUAUAAAUAAUACACAUAUUUGCAAAGACUGCUAAUCUAACUAGUAUAAAAAUAUCAAAACCAGUUCUAAGACAUGAACUUAAUAAAAAGUUGUGCCUUCAAGAAAUAAACAAUAAAAUUCUACCAAUCUACAAUAUCAUUCAGUAAAAAUCAAUAUAUAUCGAUACAACGUAGUAUUUUUGUAUAGUAUAGUUAUAGAUUAAUACCAUAUCAUAGGUUAUCGUAAGCUAUUUAUUCGGUAGGGAGACUUGAUAGCUAUUGCUGAAGCGUAGAUCUACGCUUGCAUAAUGUAAGUUUCAUACAAUUUACCAUGGCAGCUGGUCGGACCUCAAUCUGCAACGACAAAUUGUAAUAACGCCAUUAUAAAUGUUAUUGUCACAGGAGAUUGAUUGAUUUUGAUUAUUUGCUAAAUGCGAAAACAGAAAUGGUGUAGACUAUAUACAUAUUAUCAGUUAUCUCAUAAUUGUAUCAAAAAUAUAGUUUCUGUUCACGUCUUAUAUUUUGCGAAUAUGAACAG